AUGAAUCCAUCUGGAAGUCAUCCGCUUACUUUCUUUGACUUCUUUGACUUCAUCUGGAAACUAACUCCAGUUGGACGGCAGUUCAAGAAGGAUUGUGACUUUGUACAUUCAGUUGCGGAGGAAAUUAUUGAUAAACGAAAAGAGACUUUGGACAAGACUGCUGACGAAACAGACCGUAAAUAUUUGGACGGAACGGGACGAGGUCUGACCAAGUUAGAAAUCCGAAAUGAAGUUGAUACCUUCUUGUUUGAAGGUCACGACACAACAGCUAGUGCCAUAUCAUGGGUUCUUUACUCGCUGGCGGAAAAUACCGAGUGUCAGCGGAAAUGUCAGGCGGAAAUUGACGAUGUACUGGAGGGCAGGGAGUCUGAUGACUUGGAAUGGUCAGAUCUAGCAAAACUUGAAUACCUUACAAUGUGCAUUAAAGAAGGAAUGCGUCUUCAUUCACCGGUACCAGUUGUGAGCCGUGACACAGAAAAUGUGUUCGAUCUUGGCGACCGUGUUGCACCAAAAGGGACUAAGAUUCAGUUAAACAUUUUCGCUCUAAAUCAUAUGGAGAAUUUGUGGGGUCCGGACCAUAUGGAGUUUAAACCAGAACGAUUCUCAAAGGAAAAUAUCGACAAUAUCAAACAUUUCCAGUACGUGCCGUUUUCAGCAGGACCAAGGAACUGUAUUGGACAGAAUUUUGCAAUGAAUGAAGAAAAAGUUGUGCUGACAAAACUGUUACGAAAUUUCACAUUUAGGCUGGACCCCAACCACAAGGUGAAAAGAGUCAUGUCCGCGGUGAUGAGAACGAAAGACGGAAUGUACAUGUUUGUUGAAAAACGAGAAUUUUUAAAUAAGUAGAUAAAAAUGACCAUUAAACGAAGAUGUCAUCAACAUUAAGCAGGCAUUGGUCAUUCAAAUGACCGUAUGAAGUGAAACAGUAUUAUUAAUGUCCAUGACGUCAGAUAUUCAGAAUGGCACUGUGAAAUGAUGUGAAUAACUGUGUUGCAAAGGCAGAGUUUCUAUAACUAUACAAUAUUUUUUAUUAUAUUUUUUAUUGUAAUGAAUAAUAUUUUAAAGUAUUAAAUCGACAUAAUAAAAUAUUUACACUAUAUUAUACUAUGCCGCUUAAAGAUUUAUUAAAGAAUAUUACACGUG